AUGACCCCUCAUUUUAUCCUUGGCCUGUGUGCCCUUGCCCUCGGGCAGGUGGCUGGGGCAGCUCCAUCCUUAACUCCACGUGCGUCAGGAGAUUUGGGUACAUGGUUAUCCAGCGAGGCAACGACCUCAUUGAGUAACAUUCUCAAUAACAUCGGAUCCGAUGGCGAAUGGGCGCGGGGAGCCAAAGCUGGAGUCAUCGUCGCUAGUCCCAGCACUGCAGACCCUGAUUACUUUUAUACGUGGACUCGUGAUUCCGGAUUGGUGAUGAAAACCGUGAUCGAUUUGUUUAUAAACGGCGACUCGUCUGUCCUAUCCACCAUCGAGCAAUACAUCGAUUCUCAAGCUGUUAUUCAGGGCAUCUCGAAUCCAUCCGGUGACCUCUCCAGUGGUGGGCUUGGUGAACCCAAAUUCAACGCCGAUGAGACUGCUUUCACAGGAUCUUGGGGACGACCGCAGCGUGAUGGUCCGGCGCUGCGGGCGACAGCGUUGAUUUCUUUUGGUGAAUGGCUGAUUGGACGUUUCUCCCACGGAGAAAACGGAUAUACGGAUCUUGCUUCGGGCAUUGUCUGGCCGAUUGUGCGAAACGAUUUGUCCUAUGUUGCACAGUAUUGGAAUCAGACAGGAUUUGACUUGUGGGAAGAAGUACAGGGUUCUUCAUUCUUUACGAUCGCCGUGCAACAUCGCGCGCUUGUCGAAGGAAGUAGAUUCGCCGCCCAAGUUGACGCCUCCUGUCCAUACUGUGACUCACAGGCCCCCCAGAUCCUUUGCUUCUUGCAAUCAUUCUGGACGGGAGAAUACAUCUUGGCCAACUUCGGGGGCGGUCGCACUGGAAAAGAUGCCAAUACUCUGCUGGGUAGCAUCCACACCUUUGACCCCGAAGCCGGCUGCGACGAUUCCUCAUUCCAGCCAUGUUCUGCCCGUGCUUUGGCUAACCACAAGGUGGUAACUGAUUCCUUCCGCUCUGUCUACUCUCUUAACUCUGGCAUCGCAGCCGGUAAAGCUGUGGCGGUUGGUCGUUAUCCCGAGGAUUCAUAUUAUAAUGGAAACCCGUGGUUCCUGUGCACUCUUGCUGCUGCUGAACAGCUGUACGAUGCGAUCUACCAAUGGGAUCAGUUGGGAUCCCUGACCAUCACUGAUGUAUCACUGGCCUUUUUCCAGGACCUGUAUAGCUCUGCAAAAACGGGUACAUAUGAAUCUGACAGUUCUGCCUACGCGGAUAUCGUGGAUGCUGUUAAGCAGUACGCAGAUGGUUUUGUGGGCAUUGUUGAACAAUACGCUUCCUCCAACGGCUCCAUGUCCGAGCAAUAUUCCAAAUCAGAUGGCUCUCAGCUCUCAGCCCGUGACCUGACCUGGUCCUAUGCAGCUCUACUGACAGCAAACAUGCGUCGUAACUCGGUCGUUCCUGCACCAUGGGGAGAAACAUCCGCCACAAGCGUUCCUUCGUCAUGCAUUGCUACUUCAGCAACAGGCACCUACAGCAGCGUUGCCACCUCUUCCUGGCCAAGUACACUGACCAGCGGAUCCGGCGCGACCACGACUAGGAUAACAACUACCGAGACCCCCGCGACGGCGACAACUACAACUUCCACAACUUCCACGUCUUGCACCACACCGACAUCCGUAGCCGUUACAUUCGACCUCACCGCGCCAACAACCUACGGCCAAAACAUCAAGCUAUCCGGCUCGAUUGACCAACUCGGGAGCUGGGAUACGAGUGACGCCAUCGCUCUGAGCGCGGAUAAGUAUACAUCUAGCAACCCGCUUUGGUAUGUGACUGUCAACUUACCUGCCGGGGCGAAGUUCGAAUACAAAUAUGUUCGUGUCGAUGGGGAUAGUGUGGCGUGGGAAAGUGAUCCUAACCGGUCGUACACUGUUCCUGCGGGCUGUGGGACGUCUACUGCUGUUGAAGAGGAUACGUGGCAGUGAUCAAGUAUCUGUUUGAGAUGGAGGAGAGAUACUAUAUUCCUUGUUUGCUGCGGCAUAUCAUUAUAUAUGAUCGCGGGUUGGGGAUUCAAAUUUGUUUGCUAUUGCUAUUGCUAUUGGAUUGAACAAACCAGAGACUAAAAGGAACGAUCUUCACCGGCUUAUUUAUCUUAAACUAUGAUGUACUUUGAGUAAGGAAAUGGCUUCUCACAUGUGACAUAAAUAGAUAUACUCGGUUGCAAAAGUAUAAUGCUUGAUGAAGGAUUUCAUAAUUAUAGGCUAUCUAUCCUUCGAGGUAGUCGCACUCAUAACUUGACUCAACG